CCUGCAAACACCAGUGGAGGGACAUUCCUUCUGUUCAGAUGUCUGGCUGACGUCUGAUGCUUAAAACGGAGCAUGCUUUCAUCCCUCCAUGCAUUGUCGCAAGCUCCCGGUGCUUACUCUUAAAAGGGUGCCUCAGCUACGCAGGGAAACAGUUGCUGACCAAACGGGACGUGGUGUGCUCGAUCCAGCCCUCGUGAAUGCCUGAUCCUUCCAGUUCCGUACCAGCCUGACCCAACGGGACCAUGUCUACCUUUGGCUACAGAAGAGAGCUUAGCAAAUAUGAGGACAUUGACGAGGAUGAGCUCCUCGCUUCUCUCACGGAAGAGGAGCUGAAGGAGCUGGAGCGGGAACUGGAGGACAUCGAGCCCGACCGCAACCUCCCAGUAGGACAACGGCAAAAGAGCCUGACAGAGAAAACACCCACCGGGACUUUCAGCAGGGAAGCGCUGAUGGCCUACUGGGAGCAGGAGACCAGGAAGCUCUUGGAAAAAGAGAGGCUGGGCGCGUGUGAGAAGGAUUCAGAGCAAGAAGAAGACAACUCAGAAGACAUUCAAGAAGAAUGUUUCACAGAAAGCAAUAGUGAAGUGUCUGAGGAGGCAUAUACUGAAGAGGAUGAUGAAGAGGAAGAAGAAGAGGAGGAGGAAGAGGAAGAUGAAGAUGACAGUGAUGACGAGGAUGAGGAAAAGCAAAAUUCUGCGGCUAGUGAAAGACCUGUGAAUUGUGAGGACGGCAGGAGUUCUGACCACGCCAGACACAAGAAGUGUAGCAGUACGAAGAACAGUGAAAACUUGUUCAAUGGCCAUGAUGACACUGAAAAUCUGAGCUUUAAAAGCAGUGCCAUCCACCCAUGUGGAAAUCCAACAGUUAUUGAGGAUGCUCUGGAAAAAGUUCGGAGCAAUGACCCUGAGACCACAGAGGUUAAUCUGAAUAACAUUGAAAAUAUUACUUCACAGAUGCUUAUACAUUUCUCCCAAGCCCUGAGGGACAACACUGUAGUUAAGUCAUUCAGCUUGGCUAACACACAUGCUGAUGACAACGUCGCAAUAGCCAUUGCUGGUAUGUUAAAAGUAAAUCAGCAUAUCACUAGUCUGAAUAUCGAGUCGAAUUUUAUCACAGGCAAAGGAGUACUGGCCAUCAUGAGAGCUCUGCAGCAUAACAAGGUUCUAACAGAGUUACGGUUCCACAACCAAAGGCAUAUCAUGGGCAGUCAGGUGGAAAUGGACAUAGUUAAGCUGUUAAAAGAGAACACUACUCUGGUCAAGCUGGGGUACCACUUUGACCUUGCUGGCCCAAGAAUGAGCAUGACGAGUAUCCUGACAAGAAAUAUGGAUAAACAAAGGCAAAAGCGCAUGCAGGAGCAACGGCAACAAGAGUAUGGUUGUGAUGGAGCUAUCAACCCAAAGACCAAAGUCUUGCAGAAAGGCACUCCUCGUUCCUCUCCAUACACCUCACCUAAGAGUUCACCUUGGUCCUCUCCAAAGCUCCCGAGGAAAUCAGCACCAGCAAAAAGUCAGCCUCCGGCUCCUGCACCCCCUCCACCCCCACCUCCACCCCCACCCCCCCCUCCUCCCCCUCCCGUUAUUCCAGACAAGAAAGCACCGACCAGGAACAUAGCUGAGGUUAUCAAACAGCAAGAAAGUUCAAGAAAAGCCUUACAGAAUGGACAGAAAAAGAAAAAAGGCAAAAAAAGCAAAAAACAUGAGAACAGUAUAUUGAAAGAAAUUAAAGAUUCUCUGAAAUCCGUCCCAGACAGAAAAUCGGAAGAAGGUUCGCGGCCUUCCUCCCGACCCUCCACCCCACAAAGGUCCCUCCAUGACAACCUUAUGGAAGCAAUUCGAGCAAGCAGCAUAAAACAACUAAGACGGGUGGAGUUACCAGAAGCCCUUCGGUGAAAGCCUGGAUGAUGGAAGAAGCAGAGCACUGCAGUGGCCAAGGGAAGGCUGUUGGGCUGUUCACCGGUGCUAAAAUAGACUGUGUAGCAAGCUGCUUCUAAAGUGCUCUCCUAGAUUCAAACAAUUUAUCUUUUCCUUUCAAAGAAAUAAACCCACUAACUACUAAACCGUGCUUUAAAGAUACAUUUGCCUUAUAAUCUGUAAAUAUGGAAAUAAUUUUCUUUUUUAUUUAAUGAGAUUUCUAUUGGGAAAUUGCUGCUUAUUUGGAUAUUCUUUUCAAUAGAUUGCAAAUCACUGGAUAAGUUCUUCGCAAUGAAAUGUAACAGUUUACCAAUCUCUGGUUUCUUCCUCCUCUUUUUUUUUCUUUUCUUUUUUUUUUUUCCAUGAAUUUACAAUAAAUGCAGUUUGAAGCUUAUAAGCAGAAA